UAUUUAAGGUGGCAAAUCUUGCUUGUUCCAUGUCAACAAAUGAAGAUGGGAUUAAAAUUGUCAAAAUUGCAGCCAAUCACUUGGAAACCUUGUGUCCACAGGUUAUUAAUGCUGCGCUUGCUUUGGCUGCAAGACCCAAAAGUCAAGUGGUUAAAAAAAACAUGGAAAUGUACAAGCGCACAUGGGAGAAUCAUAUCCAUGUGCUCACAGAAGCUGUGGAUGACAUUACAAGCAUUGAUGACUUUCUUGCCGUAUCUGAGAGCCAUAUCCUAGAAGAUGUCAACAAAUGUAUCAUAGCCUUGCGAGACCAGGAUGCUGAUAACUUAGACCGAGCUGCCGGUGCUAUCAGAGGUCGGGCAGCAAGAGUUGCUCACAUUGUCACAGGCGAAAUGGACAGUUACGAGCCAGGGGAUUAUACUGAAGGUGUGAUGAGAAACGUCAACUUCCUUACAAGUACUGCAAUCCCUGAGUUUGUAACACAAGUGAAUAUUGCCUUGGAAGCCUUAAAUAAAAAUUCUUUGGAUGUGCUUGAUGAUAAUCAAUUUGUGGACAGUUCAAAGAAGAUCUAUGAUACAAUUCAUGAUAUCAGAUGUGCAGUCAUGAUGAUUCGGACCCCAGAGGAACUGGAGGAUGUUUCUGACCUGGAAGAGGAUCAUGAGAUCCGCAGUCACACCAGCAUUCAGACCGAAGGAAAAACUGACCGGGCUAAAAUGACUCAGUUGCCUGAGGCAGAAAAGGAAAAGAUUGCUGAGCAAGUUGCUGACUUCAAGAAAGUAAAGAGUAAGCUGGAUGCUGAGAUUGAAAUAUGGGAUGAUACAAGCAAUGAUAUUAUUGUUCUGGCCAAGAAGAUGUGUAUGAUCAUGAUGGAGAUGACAGACUUCACAAGGGGCAAAGGACCACUAAAGCACACAACUGAUGUGAUUUAUGCAGCUAAAAUGAUAUCAGAAUCGGGAUCAAGGAUGGAUGUCCUCGCUCGGCAGAUUGCAAAUCAGUGUCCAGAUCCAUCAUGCAAACAGGAUUUGUUGGCCUACCUAGAACAGAUUAAAUUCUACUCCCACCAACUGAAAAUCUGCAGUCAAGUUAAAGCUGAGAUCCAGAGCCUGGGGGGAGAGCUCAUCAUGUCAGCUUUGGACAGUGUCACCUCCUUAAUCCAAGCAGCCAAAAAUUUAAUGAAUGCUGUAGUGCAAACAGUGAAAAUGUCUUACAUUGCCUCCACCAAGAUCAUUCGAAUUCAGAGUCCCUCUGGGCCCCGACACCCAGUUGUGAUGUGGAGAAUGAAGGCUCCUGCAAAAAAGCCCUUGAUUAAAAGAGAAAAGCCAGAAGAAACUUGUGCAGCUGUGAGAAGAGGGUCAGCAAAGAAAAAAAUCCACCCAGUGCAGGUCAUGAGUGAAUUUAGAGGAAGACAUGUCUAUUGAAACCACCAUUCUACUCUAAGUGUCUCUAUUACAAAGUCCUGGCUAACCACACUGCUUUAAUUUUACACUUGAUUGGUACUCUAAGUUCACUAGCUUUUAGAGUUUAACCCACAAGUUAUAUAAAACAUUAGAGGCUGAACCAUCCUGAGCAACAUACCUUUGGGAUCAUGUCAUUGUCAUCUCUGCCAGCACCUAAUAAGUCAUCAAUAUAUGGUUGUUGAAUGAGUGAAACCUUCAGGUGUCAUGCAGCCUUUCCCAUCACAGAGAAUAUCUUAUAUUCAUUACCAAAUGCAUAUAGUAGACUCAAGUGAGUCUUAUUCAUCUGUAAUAUCUUGAGUGCAUUCAUCGUUUUAAUUUUGAAUUAAAAAAUUGACAUGAGUUUUUAACUUGGUUUUCAAUGGAAACAAAAGAUCUCACAAAAUAUUUUCCCAUUUAAUCACCAUUUUCUUUACCUGACAAAGAUGUGUAAUCCCUGCUAUAGGGGAAAAAACAAAUCAAUCUCUACAAAUCUGUAUCUGUUGUUAACUGAUGAGGCUAACAUCCAUCCAUCAGUAACUAACCAAGCUUCAACAGUCAAGCUACUUCCUAGAUUUUUAAGGUCAGCCUCAAUUAUUAAUGAAGCAGUUUGUUAACAUUAUAAAGGUUGCAAUGAGUUUUGAUGGUACAAAAAUGCAAUUGCAUUUAGCAGUUUUGCACGUUGAAUUCUGGGUUGAAAGGGGUCCAUCAGAAUUCCGAUAUGAGGGAAGUUAUCAUCCACUGGGGGAAAUGGGACAUCUAACUAUAUCCCUGAGUGAGUCAUGCCAACAGAAGUGUAAGCAGUUCUGCCUGACUCUAAAAUUCCAUUUGUAUCAGUUUGCAAUUUUAAUUAAAAGGCCAGCUUGAAAAACCUUGGAUAUUGAGUAACUAUAACUGUGUAAAUUGUACUAUUGAGCUAUGAAGUAGAGUUAAUGGCAAUGAAGCUGGAGUGUUUUUAAUAAUAUUCUAUUAAUGGAAAGUCAUCAAGGUCAUUUUAUAACUGUGCUCACUAUGCACAUUCCCAAUCACUGUGCUCAUCCCUACUUGAGCUUGUAAUGAACUUUGUAAUAGUCUCAGAGUCUAGUACAUUGCUUCUCUGUCUUGCUCCUGCUCUUUCUCUCUUGUGGUCUCUUUCUCUCACUCUUGAGGGUUAAAUUUCAGUUUCACUUUUUCUCACACCUAGAGUUUCCAUUCACAGGAUUUUAAAAAUGCAUUCCCUAUUCUACUUUAUCAAAAUGAUACUAUAAUUGUAACUGUACUUUCUACAACAUUGCCAUUGAGUUGUUUCUGCAACCACGUCAUGUUAGUUUAAUGAAGUCAAAUUCAAAUAUGCAUCACCAAUUGAUGUUAGAAGGACCAAGGUGGAUAAAAGAAUGUGUGAAACAUAAAAAUGCAUAAAAGUUGAGAGCAUGAGAUACAUGGUAUUUUGAGCAAAAUGGUAUGGAAAAAGCAUUUAUUUAAUAGGUUAUUAUCAAUUAUGGGAAAACAUUGACUUCUUUUUAAUGUAAUGAAUUAUUUUAUUCUUCCAAAAUUCUGGGUUGCCGGGGCUCAGUACAUAAACUUCCUAGAAGUAAAAGCAGUAAGCUCCUCCCUGUUUUGUAUAUGCACUGGGGUCCACAAUAAUUAUUCUGGACAGAAUCCACUCCCUAAAAGAGAAGGCAAUGCAAAAAGGAAUUAGGAAAUCCACAUAACUCUAUUUUCCAGAACUAUCUAAAUAAGUGAGGCAGCACAAGGUGUUUCUUUCUUUGAAAUGCCACCAUAAUUUUCUGCUUUAAGAGUAGACAUUACAAGAGUGACAUCUAUGACACAUCCUUUUCUCAAGUAGGCAUGCAAAUGUGUAAUUUAGUUCAGAAAGUAAAUUUUUAAAAUAUUACCAAAUUACUAGAUGUAUAGUUCCUAAAGCCACAUGCUCAAGAAGCACAAGAGUCUCAUCUAGAAAAUCUAAUGUUUGUUUGAUUCUAUAUCAGCUCUCUAGAGAUUGGAGUUUAGAAUGCAGCAUUGUGAUGCCAAAAACAAAGAAAUAACUUGAAAUUAUACAAUUUCCAAUUAACCUCUGUAUCUUUAAAAGUAAUGGUACAGAGAGUUGAGCAAGGCUUCCUCUUCAAAGUAGGUAGAUUUCCAGCUUAUCUCAAAGUAAACAACUUAUAAUUAAACAAAACAAUGAAAAAAUGAACUUGGAGACUAUCCCAGGAAUAAAGUCUGCUGUCAUAAUCAAAGGUGCAGUAAGAACAGGUGCACAGAGCUGAGAAAGACAUCUGUCCACCUGAGUGAAUUCCUGCAAUGGGCAACAUUUCAAGAUUUAGUCCAGUUCAGAUCUGCUAAUAAUAUAAGUGCUUAUACACAAGAAAAAUUAGCAGCAAAUAUAUUAACAAAUAUUUGCACUAUAAAGCAUAGUUAAAUGAAUCUAAUUAGUAAGUAUGAAUGCAUUAGCUAUAUUUAUAUUUAAGCCUUUCUUCUGUAGGGGAAUGGCAGAGAUUUAACUAGAAUGAUACCUUGGUGGCCCAUCUAUGUGCCUUUUGAAAUCACAUCAGAGAGAUUGUUUCUUCUGAUGAUGACACAUUAGCUUUAGCCUGCUAAUUAAAACUCACCUUUUUUCUUUUAGUGAAAUCAAUAUAUGUAGGAAAAAAAAAUUCUUGAGAGGGAGGAGAGGGCUUAGACCACCUACAGGGACAGUUUCAUCCUGGAUAGCCACCAGCAUCACUGUCAAACAUUAGACUGGAAUCAGAAUGAUAAUUUAUAAAAAAUCCAGGAAAUCAUAAUCUACUAGAAAUUCUUCUACUUAGAAAAACCGGAAGGUUUUCAUCAAACAGGAAAUGUAAGAAACAUAUAUCUCUACCUUUUAUUUACCAAAAGUGAAAAUUAUUGGUUUAAAGUAUUUGUUUCUUUCUAAUGAAGCUUCUGAGUACAACUCAAUGAAUAGGUGAGGGGAAAAAAAAAUCAAACAUUAAAUGUCUAAGUUAGUUUGUUAAUUAUUCCCUUUCUGUUUGUCUUAUGAUGUGAGUGAAAACUAUGAAUAUAUUAGAAAGUAUAAUAUUCUUAAAUGUGCCUUUUGGCCUUUGCAAAUCUCUUCAUUUACGAACAUGAAUAUAAAUGUAUGUCUCCCAUAAAAUUCCUUCCAUUGAAGGGGUAAGGAUCCCUAGAGCUACACAGAAAGACCCAUUUUUUCAGUCUGGCAUUCUUGCACAUUUAACAGCUUCAAAGAAAGUCAGUUUUCAAGUCAUACUACAGUAAAAUAGUUAAAAUUGUGAACAUACAGUUAAGUGAGCGAUCUGAGUCUCAAACCCCAUAAUCCGAGCUCCUCAAAUUCAAUAAUGAGUGGUUGGAAAGAUUAAUGUGUGAGAACAGAGAAGGUAUUUUCAUUGGCUUUCCAGAGCUUCACUUCCAGGCUGGUCUUUUCAUCUCACCCAUCCCUGCGCUAGGUAUCCUCCUCCUAACUGCUGAUACUUUUUACCAGAAUGAUGCAGUCAGGCCUGCUCAUCCCAGUCAAUUACCUCCAAUUAACAUCCUUUCCUCUUUCAUGCACCAAAAGCAUCUCUCUCCCAUCUCUCAUCUCCUUAGGUAUCUAUGCCACAUACAAAUUGACAAAUAGAUUCUAUAGUGUUCUAGUUAAAACCAAGGAUUUUAAUUCCAAGCAGCAUUAUCCUUUGGUUGUUUCUAUUCCAGAAAUAUUCCUAUUAUUUUUGGUGUCAAAUGCACACUUUCAUGCUAGGAAUUGUGGUUCCCAGGGGUACAGAUUUCUGUAUAGUAGUGGCAGAAUGAGUAGAAUGAGAUCCAAGCCUUUUUCUUGUGGUAUUUAUCAUUCUCUGGUGAGCUUAUUGCAGAAUUGCCAGCUGCUUCCAGCAUCCUUUUAAGUAUUCUUUAGGUCAGCAAAGCAGGCACCGGGAUAUCAAGUUGAAUGAAAUCCAUACUUCCUUUUGUCAGUCUGUUUUCUGCCAAGUCCACCUGCCUAUUGCGUUGUCAGGAAUCAAACAGCCAUUUUUCAGUUUGGAAAGUCAGAACUAUUUCUGUUUGACUUGAUCAGGAAGUUUAGGGGCAUCCAGUUAAAAGAUUUUAACCUGCAUAUUAUUUGAAUGCCUUUUUUAAGUAAACUAGGAAAAUUUCCACAUCUGAGAGGCUUAUAUUCAUGUAUUCCUUUUAUUUAUAUAUCACAUACCAGGAAUCAAAUCUUAUUCAGAUGAAAAUCCUAAAACAUUUCUUUUGACAUCUCUCUGCCCAUUCGUUAUGAUUUCUUUCAUAUUAGUACUUUGCAUGUUACUACCAAAUAAGCAAGCCAGACCUAAUGACAGAAGUAGUUCAUUUUGGCACUUUGCGUCUAAUGCAGAUAUUAUUAAAAUCAAGUGUAUGCAACUAAAGAUGUCCUUAUCAAGGAUGUAACACUAUCCUAGAUAUCGAAAUGAGAGCAAAAAGAAUUAAAAUUUUAAAUACACUUUUGCCAUUUUAACUAAAUCACAUGAACAACAAACAUGUUCUAUGAAAGCAAAAGAAAUAAUAUGAUAGUUUACAACAUUAAUCAUUUUACAUUUGAAUAUUUUUUCUUCCCCCUCUACCAGGAUAGAUAGGGCCUAUUUCUGAACACUUCAAAAGGAGAUAAUUAAUGCUAAUAGAAGUAUUUCCAAAUGGAACCCAACCUUACCAGAGUCCUAUCUACAGGCAGUAGAUGGUUUGUAGGGCUGGCCUUUGUAUGUAUCCUGAGAUGACAUGGCUCAUGGCUGCCUGCUGGCUUAUGGCAUCUAAUAGCUCCAUUGGUUUAUGAUAAGAAACAAAAAGACUGACUUUGAAAAUGAGGUUGACAAGAUGGAGGGGAAAAAAAUGAGUCAAUACAAAGCAUUUCUAAAGAAAUGUGGAUAAGAAAGUGACAGAGGUAGGGGCGGGAAUAAGAAAGGUAGUUGUUGAAGCAGGUAACUUUUAUAGCCACAGGGAGAUAGAGUUUUUGGUUCUAUGAAGAUUAAGCAGCCUCCUCCUGAGGAAGGUUUUAAGGAUAAGAUGGCACACUUGCUUUUAGUGGUUUGGGUGAAGUCAUGUCAGGUGCAGGGGGAUGAACUAUAUAACAGUUGAGAGUGAUUUAUUGUUAUUGUUUGCAAGAGGAGACAUGGAAGUUUAGCCAGUGUUCUAGGCUGAUAAUGGGUGAAAUUCUUCCCAAGGUUAGAGCUAAUCAGGAUAAUCACACAUUCAUAUAUUUAACAAAUAUUUGUUGAGCCACUGUGAUGUUCCAGGUACUGCUUUUGGCUCUUAGAGAUACACAAAGUAACAAAACAAACAGCAAUUCCACAGCCCCCUCAUACCAGAGCUCUACACCAAAACCUUACUCCUGCCUAUUCUUACGAAUCUGAACAUCACCCUCAAUUCCACGCCAGCUUCACGUGCCAAAUCUGUGAUAAAUGUUCUUACUGCAUUUAAUUCUCUCAGUAACCCUAUGGGACAAACAUUAUUAGCUCUAAUCCAUAGAUAAGGAAACUGAGGCUUAAACAGGUUGAGAAUCUUGCUGAAAAAACUCACUGGCUUUAAAAUUGAGUUUGUUGUACUCUAGAUUCUGAAAUUUUAGCCAUCAUACUAUCCAGCCUUCUCAUUUUUCAUUUGAAAAUGAGAAACAGACUUGAAAUGCUGUCUGGCUUCAUAUGUAAGAGUAAAAAAAUUGAAACUUAAAAAAAGAUUAUUAAUCCAUACCUACAUUAUUCAAAACAGAUAAAAGAGAGAUACGAAAGUAAUUUGCUGCGUAUUCUCACUUCUAAUAACUGAAUGUAGAGUAUCAGAUAUAUGAAUAAAUAUUUCACCUAUGUGAUCUAGAAUAAGAUGAAAAAUCUUGCCAAAUUACCUUUAUUACCAUAGAGGAAAAUAUUCAAUGGAAGCACCUAUUUCAACCCAUCUUCACCUUGAUGGGUGAAAAAAAAUUUUGUUGGCAUCAUUUCUUCCCUCUUUUACUGCUAAUGUGUGUUUAUGUGUUUAAAGUUAUGGAUCUCAGGGGCGAGUCAGCCAAGGAUUAUUAAAAUAUGCUAAAGUUUCCUUGUAUUCCAAACUGACUCCAACUAUAGCAAAUACGUUUCCUUCUUUCUGGAGAUCACAAAUGUAUGUAGUGUGGGCCUGACUGCAGGUAAAUUUAGUCCUUUGUUUUUACAUGACCCUUCUUCCUAGAACCAAC